AUGGAAAGUUUUGCAACCGAUCCUGCUGUGCUAUUUGGUUUACCAAGCAGUAAUCAUGUGGUUCACGGACAAACUGCUGAAGAAAGUAUGAACUCAAUUCACCGAGCAAAUGAAUUAAUUAAUCAGGCUACCCGUCUGAAAAUUUUCAUAAAUGCAAAAGUCGACGAAGUAAUACUUUGGUGCAGUAAGAAAAAAGUUCAAAUAUCUGCAUCAAAUGAUCCCAAAACCAUGUCCUUUCCUUCCAUCUUGCCCAAACCAUCAAAAAUCCCUUCAUAG